AUGGCGGCGAGCAAAGCCUCCCGCGUAGGCGAAGAAACCCGCAUCGACAAAGUCAACGCCGAGCUCGUGACGCUCACGUACGGCACCGUCGUCGCCCAGCUCUGCAAGGACUUUGACAGCGACUACGCCGAAGUGAACAAGCAGCUCGACAAGAUGGGCUACAACAUCGGCCUCCGCCUCAUAGAGGACUACCUCGCCAAGUCCAACACCAUGAAGCGAUGCGCCAAUUUCCGCGAAACCGCCGACAUGAUUGCCCGUGUCGGUUUCAAAAUCUUCCUCAAUACAACGCCCCACGUCACAAACUGGACAAGCGACAACAACCAGUUUUCCCUGGUGUUCGAGGAAAACCCCUUUGCCGACUUUGUCGAGUUGCCCGACGACGGCCGCGCCCAGGACGAGCUGUGGUACUCAAAUAUACUGUGUGGAGUGCUGAGGGGAGCCCUGGAAAUGGUGCAGAUGCAGGUCGAGGCUCAUUUCAUAAGCGACGUGUUGAGGGGAAACGAUACCACGGAGAUGAGGGUCUCUCUGGUGCGGUAUAUCGACGAUGAGCUGCCGCCGGAGGAUGACUGA